UCUUUUCCACUCAAGUGUGGUCUAAAACUCCAACAGAACCGGAUGAGGCGCCACUUGUUCGCGAUAAUUGCAGCUUGAACUCUCGCUGGAAGCUAAGAUGAAAAAGUUUGGCCGAGCGCUGCUCGUUCUCUCGGCCCUGACAAGUUGGUGUGCGCUCGGUUGCGCUUCGGUGUGUCCCGCCGUGGAGGAGGCGUUCGGAGCCGUGGUCGGCCUGCUGCGCCCCGGGCAGCAGCACCCGCUUCUGGGCGAGGACUCGCUCGUCGCUCUCUUUAAUACACUGGAGAACCGUGUGCAGUGUGGACAAGUGCCGUGUGGAAAGUGCAACCUAACAGAUGCCGUCCACCAGCUGAUCCACAAUCACAGCGACCAUCGGCAGGGAGGCGGCGAAGAAGAUCACGCCGUUGACGGGUCGGGAUUUACUGCCCUCGCCGCUGGCUGCAUCCUGUACCUGUCCUCACCUGACACAGUGUGCACCGUGGCGGGCCAGGGGAGGUUGGGGCAGGAGGUAGAACACUUCUUGGAUGGAAUCGCAAGCGGGAAUUCCCAUGAACAUCACCAUGAGGAAGAUGAGGAGGGGGAGGAGGGCGCGCCGUGCCAUGGGCGUGAAUAUCAGCACGUGGGCCUUCGUGGACUAGAAAGUGUGCUCGGACAACUUCUGAAGCACUAUGAGUCAUCAGACAUUGAGAGCUGCGUCGAAGCAAGCGACAUCAUGUCGGAGGUCGGCGCCCCAUCAGCGGAGCAAACCCAGGCAGCGGGUGCAGUUCUGGGCCGGGUCCUGUAUCACGCCCUGCGAGGUCGAUGCUUUCAAUCGCUCCCUGAGGAGAGCUUCUUCCUGGAUUACAUCAUGCACCGACUGGGCUCUGAGAAUUUCACCAUCGCAGACCUGGAGGCUGUCAUGAAGUCUCUGGACGUCGGACCCAGCUUGGAGUGGAGCCAUGGACCCGAGGAGGACGAGCAUGCGCAUGAUGAUCACGAUCAUGGCAGGCGACGCCAACAUUCGGAAGCAAACGGCACCUGGGAGGAGGUAAACACAUCAUUGAAAGUCAUGAAAAAGUAUUUUUUAAAUUACCGAUUGUUCCGAUUCUCCCAGCACUGUUUUUCUGCGCACGAACUGGUGCUGAUCCACGGCCUGGGAGCGAAGUCCCCCACCCUGGGUCGCUCCGACCUGGCCCGGCUUAGCCCGGCUCUGAUCCAGCAGAUCCUGAGCGGGGCCUGCGCCGGCUCGCACCCUACGAAACCAGACGAGCUCAGCAAAACGGAGAGGUACCUGUACGCAACGCUGGCCAACGUGGUCAUCACGCUGGCGUCCAUGUUCGGCAUCAUGCUGCUGCUGUGCACGUCGUGCACCAGCGUCUUCCAGCUGUGCAUCCAGUUCUGCAUCAGCCUGGCCGUGGGCUCGCUCUCGGGGGACGCCUUGCUGCACCUGCUGCCCAUGUUUCUGGGCCUGCACGUGCACUCGGACGAAGCCGGCGGCAGUGGGCUGAGGCACGACCACCAUGGGCAUCAACAGCCGGAGGUGUCGGACUACGUGUACAAGAUGCUGGUGGUGAUGGCUGGCAUCUACUACUUCUACUUGAUGGAGACGGUCUUCAACAUCGUCACGCACAGACAUCACCAUCACGGGGACGAAUCAGAGGAUCACCACUGCGACCACGGACGUGUUCUAGAGAUGUAUCAACAGGAGAGGAAACAAAAAGACAAAUUGCACUCAACUUCCAAAGCAGACCUGGUAAAAGAGGAGGAGGAGCUCGAACGCAACCUUCACAGGUCCAGAGAGCGGACCAGAGAAAAACGGCUGCUGCCUUACAUGAUCACCUUAGGGGACGGCGUCCACAACUUCGCCGACGGCCUGGCGAUGGGCGCCGCCUUCUCGCUCUCGUGGAAAUCCGGACUAGCCACGUCGCUGGCCGUCCUCUGCCACGAGCUGCCUCACGAGCUAGGCGAUUUCGCCAUCCUUCUCCACAGUGGCAUGUCGGUGCGCCGGGCGCUGCUCUUGAACCUCGCCAGCGCCAUGACCUCCUUCGUGGGCCUCUACAUCGCCCUGAGCGUAGCCACCGACCUGGCCACCACGCAGUGGAUCGCCGCCCUCACGGCGGGCCUCUUUCUCUAUGUGGGCUUGGCCGACAUGCUGCCCACCAUGAUCCACAUCAAGUCCAAGAGGCCGUGGCUGAUGUUGGCGCUGCAGAGCGUUGGCCUGCUGAGCGGCUGGGGCAUCCUCCUGCUGCUGUCCCUCUACGAGGAGAGCAUCAGCUUCUAGCAGCCUUGACCCUGCUUUGGUCUCAACACGAACAAGGAUCACUUUGUUUUCUAGGAUGUUAAAUGUUUUAAAUGUUAAAAAAAACUAACUCUUGCAGACACAUUGUGCAAAAGUCUUUGCCUGCAGUUGCAUUUGUUGUUUCAGCAAUGUUGUAAUGACUAGUGGUGGUCAAAGUACAGCCCGUAGGCCACACAUUGCCCGCUCUGCUCUUUCAUCCGGUCCAAUUAACAUUAGUUUCUCAGUUUUUUUCCGUAUGAAAUUAAUUUAAUAAAAAUAGAAUGUUUUAUUUUUUUGCAUGUAGCUCAUUCAAUAAUUUGUUCAUUCAUGUAUUAGUAAAAUGAGCAUGAAUUAUUGCAUUAUUAAAAUACCAAAUUACAUCAUCUGCAAAAAUAAGUAAAGUAAUGAUUUGAAAAGCAAAUAAUUGUUUAGUUAAUUACAAAUGAUCAACAAUACACCUUAAAAAUGAAAAUGUGUUUUCAAUAAACCAUUUAACAUUUUUUAUUGUAGUGAAUAAUUGGUUAAUUAUAUAUUAUGAAUUUUUUUUAAAGAUGAGCUUGAAUCAUUAUUUUAUCAUUAAAAUAAUUUUACAUUAAAUACAAAAAAAUAAAAUUGCAUGCCUCGCUAGAUGCUACUGUUUUUGGUUUGCAACACAGUCAGUCUACUGUAAUACUAAUCGUCUUUAAAGACGCCGCUUGCCGUUAAAACUGCGCAGAGAACUCGUUAAAUCUCCACACUUGAAUUUAUAUGAGGGCUGUUUACAUGCUUAGUGUGUGCUGCUGUUUUGGUUAGCGACUGAGUUCAAAAGGGCUCGGCCUCAAACUUGUUCACGUGUGAAAAAUGUGAUUGAUAUAAUUACACCUACUACGCGUCUUUCCUUAUGGCAAAAAGGGAGGCAUCUAUUUGAGAGAAUCUCUUAGAAUACAAAAAGCGAUUGAUGCGACCAUAGACGUUUGCACAGCAAAAAUGUUUUUAUAUCAGUGGCGAGCUACAUUCAAUCUCACAAGAGGAAUCCAAGCGCUAAUUAAAAGGGACUUUGACUGAAGACACACACACACACACUAUGACCUUUUACCAUUAAAGUUACUUCAUAGCCACAUGACAGCAUGCCAAAGUCAUCUUCAGUUUUUAAUUGUAAAACGCACAGAGUGGUUCUUCUUGAUGUAUAACCAUUAUGUAACUUUGCACAGUUGUUUUUUUGUGUGUGUAUUUAGGUUUAUUAAUGCUUCACAAGAGUGGUAAAUAUUGUUUUAAAAAAAAAAGUUUGAUUUCAUUUUGACUCAGCUCUUAAUUUCCCUGAUGGUAAAUAUAAAGAGGAAAAAAAAGUGUGAAUAUUUGAGUCUACAGUGUGAUAUAUAUUUUGUAUAUUUGAACAGUUUGAAAAAUAAAUAUGCUUACAAAACA